CAACAUCGCUCAGCUGUCCAGCGAGCGCAGAGUGACUGACGUCAAUUUCACUACCCGAUUAUCACGAUUCCUUUUAACUCGCAGUUCCUAUUAUUGCUUGUUAAACGCAAUUUCAAUCCGUAGUUGUCGCGGCGCAGUUCGUAAAUAUGCCAUCGUUUAAAUUUUACUUUUUGUCGGUUUUGAUUUGUGGCGCUCUGGUUCUUGGUAAGUACCAGGUACCAAAACCACCACCAACAGAAGUCAUUGAGCUCACUUCAACCACCGAAGCACCAACAACAGCACCAGACACAACCCCCGAUACAACAACAUCAACCACAACAACUACAACUCCAUCAAUAACAACAACUCCUUCAACAACAACAUCCACAGCUCCUGACACUACAACAAGCACAACAUCUACGACCACUACGCCAGCCCCACCGAAGCCAACGCCUACACCGGCCCCAGUGCCGCCCAAACCCAUCGGACCUCCGGACCAGGGGCUGUGGCCGUACUUUGACAGCAAGAAUGUGACGUGUGUCAUUGUGCAGUUUGCUGCGCAGCUGAAUGUCACCUACGGCAAGCCUAACUCGUCCUCCUCCGAGCUGAUCCACGUGAUCCUUAACGUGCCCGCUAACGCGUCGGUCAUCUCCGGCAACUGCGACGGCCUUGAACAGUGGCUCACCAUUGGCUGGCCGGCAACCAAUGAGACCAACCACACGUUGACAGUCUUGUUCGCUAAGAAUGACACUACGAAGUCUUAUGAGAUGAAGAGCUUGAAUGCUUCGCUUGUGGCGUCCAUCUUCCCUAACAUCACAAACGUGGAUACCAUAAAUCUAUCCCACCAGACACCGGAAUGGAAGACGCCCCUCGCCGCGUCCUACCGCUGCACGCCGCCCACGGAACUCAAGAUGAACGCGGACAACAACAACAUUGCAGCCACUUUAACACUUAGCCGAUUGCAAGAGGAGGCUUUCAGGAACGCUUCUGGCAAUGGAUUCAGUGCUGCCGAUUGCAAGAGGAGGCUUUCAGGAACGCUUCUGGCAAUGGAUUCAGUGCUGAUACCGGAAUGGCAGACGCCCCUCGCCGCGUCCUACCGCUGCACGCCGCCCACGGAACUCAAGAUGAACGCGGACAACAACAACAUUGCAGCCACUUUAACACUUAGCCGAUUGCAAGAGGAGGCUUUCAGGACCACUUCUGGCAAUGGAUUUAGUGCUGUACUAUCGCACCAGACACCGGAAUGGCAGACGCCCCUCGCCGCGUCCUACCGCUGCACGCCGCCCACGGAACUCAAGAUGAACGCGGACAACAACAACAUUGCUGCCACUUUAACACUUAGCCGAUUGCAAGAGGAGGCUUUCAGGAACGCUUCUGGCAAUGGAUUCAGUGCUGCUCGCGACUGCUCCAGUGGCGACAUCCCCGACGCGGUCCCCAUCGCGGUAGGCUGCGCUCUCGGCGGUAUGGUGGUCGUGGUGCUGAUCGCCUACCUCGCGGCCCGUCACCGCUCCGCCAACCGCGGAUACCUGUCCAUGUGAACAGAUGACGUAUCGGAGUAAAUAGAAAAUAGUCAAUAUAUAAAUAGUUACAGGUAAAUAAUCACCGCAUUUACCUACCCCUAAAGACAUUUCGUGGUUAAAUCUCAUAAAAUAUAUAAUAUACCCAUUGUCAUCAUUAAUAUAGGGAAAAUAAUUCAAUGUGAUUUGCUCAACGUUUUUUUUUUAUGCUGGCAACAUACGGUAAUGAUUUUUUAAAUUGUAUUUUUUU